GGGUAAUUAUAUACCAUGCAAUGCAGUGUUAUAUAUCAUAUUUGGAUUGGUUUUGGUAACAUUGAAAGGAAGAGAAGCAAAUGGGCCAUCUCUAUGCAUUGGACUUUGAUGGAGUUCUCUGUAAUACCUGUGAAGAGACAGCUAUCUCUGCUCUCAAGGCUGCCAAGUUGAGAUGGCCAACCCUGUUUGAAAGUGUGGAUUCUGCCACAGAAGAUUGGAUUGUUGAACAGAUGAUUACAGUGAGACCAGUGGUGGAAACUGGAUAUGAAACUCUUUUACUUGUGAGGUUGUUGCUUGAGACAAGAGUUCCUUCCAUCAGAAAAUCUUCGGUGGCAGAGGGCCUCACAGUUGAGGGCAUAUUAGAGAGCUGGUUCGAAUUGAAGCCUAUUGUCAUCGAAGAAUGGAAAGAGAAUAGGGAGGAUCUGAUAGAUUUAUUCGGAAAGGUUAGAGAUGAUUGGUUGGAGAAUGAUUUAACCGGUUGGAUUCAAGCCAACAGAUUCUAUCCCGGUGUUACUGAUGCAUUAAGGUUUGCAAGCUCAAGAGUGUACAUUGUCACCACAAAACAGAGUCGCUUUGCCGACGCUUUACUAAGAGAACUUGCUGGAAUAACUAUACCACCAGAAAGAAUAUAUGGUCUAGGAACUGGUCCUAAGGUAGAAGUGCUGAAGAAGCUUCAAAAUAUGCCAGAACACCAAGGACUGGCACUACACUUUGUGGAAGAUAGGUUUGCAACCCUUAAAAAUGUCAUCAAAGAGCCAGAGUUAGACAAUUGGAAUUUGUAUCUAGUGGAUUGGGGGUUCAACACUCAGAAAGAGAGGGAUGAAGCAGCAGCCGACCCAAGGGUUCAGCUUCUUGAGCUCUCUGAUUUCAGCAGCAAGCUGAAAUAAUAGUUUCAAUUGAAUCGUCAAUGGUUUAGUCGAAUAUUUUCUUCCAUCUUAUUCAUGUAUAAACAAAAAUCACUUCCUUGUGAAUUUCUAUUAUUACAACUGCAACUGUUAUGAGAUUCAAAAACUCUUUUCAUUA